AUGGGGGUUCGAAGAAAGAUUGUGUGCUUCUCCGACUUUGACGGGACCAUCUUCAUGCAAGACACUGGUCACAUUCUCUUCAACGCCUUUGGCUGCGGUAGCGAACGUCGUGAGAUUCUCGAUAGGCAGAUCAACAGCGGAGAGCGCACUUUCCGCGAUGUCUCGGAAGAGAUGUGGGGUUCUCUGAACGUGCCAUUCGAGGACGGCUUUGAAGUCAUGAAAGAUGCACUUGAGAUUGACCCCGACUUCAUGGAGUUCCACCAGUUCUGCCUUGAUAACGACAUCCCAUUCAACGUCAUCUCGGCUGGUCUGAAGCCUGUACUUCGCCGUGUGCUAGACCAUUUCCUCGGCGAGGAAGAUUCGCAGCACAUUGACAUUGUUGCCAACGACGCGCACAUCUCGGAAGACGGACGCGACUGGAAAGUGGAAUGGCUUCACGACAACGAAAAGGGACACGACAAGGCCAUCUCCAUGAAGGACGCACGCGCAGCCGUCACGAUGGCUUGCGAGAACGGUACGGUGCCAUUGAUCGUCUUCAUCGGUGACGGUGUCAGUGACCUGCCAGCUGCACGAAACGCCGACGUUCUGUUCGCUCGUCGUGGACUGAGGCUUGAAGAGUACUGCAUCGAGAACAAACUCGACUACAUCCCGUUCGACACGUUUGCCGACAUCCAGCGCGAGCUGACAGCGAUCGCCAAGGCUGAUGAGGAGAGAACAAAGGGCGAAGGCAUGCCAGCAAAGUUCAACCCACGUGCGAACAUGUGGAGACGGGCUUCCAGCAGCAAGGCGGUCCCAGUCUUCGCUGCCAUGUCACCUGGCAAGGAGAAGAUGUUUGUCUGGCCCAACAUUUUCAGCGAGACGGCCAUGGAAAAGCCAGAGCUGGUCGCAGCAGCUCCAGCAGCCUGA